CUCAUUGGGUAGUUUUAGAAGAUGCUGCAGCUUCUGAGCUUUGUGUUAUUGGGAGUUAUCUUCCUCUGUAGUCUUAUAAAUCCUCUCAUUUUCUCUGUUCCUCCUGAGAAGUUUCUUGCUUGGCUUCGAUCUUUGUUUCUCACUAUUUCAUCCACCAUGUCCACCACAACUAUUUCAACUUCCAUCACUGAACCUUCAAUGAAAGAAGAGAAUAAAGAUAAGAACAACGCCCAUAGCCACGACAAAGUGGAGCUGGAGAGGGUUUUUACUACCUUCGACAAGAACGGAGAUGGGUUCAUAAGGAAGCAAGAAUUAGGGGAGUCCCUGAAGAAUAUGGGUUUGUUCACUACAGAGGAAGAAGUGGAAAGCAUGGUUGCAGAUUUGAAUUCUAAUGGUGAUGGGCUCAUCGAUCUUGAUGGGUUCUAUGAAUUAUAUGAUUCGAUGGGGGGAGGAAUCGAGGAAAGAAGGAAGAUGAGGAAGAGGAAGUGAAGGGAAAUGAUGAUG